GAAGGGAUCGGACGGCGGGGAUCUCGGCGGGAUCCCGGCACCGUCGGCGGCACCAUGAACUCCCCAGAAGGGCCAAGCUUCCCACUGGGGCUGCUCUCUGGCGGCGCCUCCCCAAGCUGUGAUGAGGGCUUCUUCCCCUUCGUGCUGGAGCGGCGGGACUCAUUCCUGGGAGGGGGCCCGGGGCCCCAGGAGCCCGAGGACCUGGCCCUGCAGCUGCAGCAGAAGGAGAAGGACUUGCUGUUGGCUGCAGAACUCGGCAAGAUGCUUCUGGAGCGCAAUGAGGAGCUGCAGCGGCAGCUGGAGACGCUCAGCGCCCAGCACUCUGAGCGAGAGGAACGGCUGCAGCAGGAGAACCAUGAGCUCCGCCGGGGCCUGGCAGCACGGGGAGCUGAGUGGGAGGCCAGGGCUGUGGAGCUGGAGGGGGAUGUGGAGGCCCUGCGGGCCCAGCUUGGAGAACAACGCUCAGAGCAGCAGGACAGUGGGCGCGAACGAGCCCAGGCCCUCGGUGAACUCAGUGAGCAGAACCAACGGCUCAGCCAGCAGUUGGCCCAGGCCUCCCAGACUGAGCAGGAGCUUCAGAAGGAACUCGAUGGCCUUCGGGGGCAGUGCCAGGCCCAGGCCCUGGCCAGGGCAGAGCUGAGAUCACGACUGGAAAGUCUGCAGGGGGAGAACCAGAUGCUGCAGAGCCGCCGGCAGGACCUGGAGGCCCAGAUCCGAGGACUGCGUGAGGAGGUGGAGAAGGGCCAGGGCAGGCUACAGGCAACCCAUGAGGAGCUGUUGCUACUGCGGCGAGAGAGGCGGGAGCACAGCUUGGAGCUGGAAUGUGCGCGCUCCGAGGCCAGGGAGGCACUGAGUACCCUGCGGAGGCUGCAGCGGCGAGUUUCGGAGCUGGAGGAGGAGUCACUCCUGCAGGGCGCUGACACAUCGGGGGCCUCGCUGCAGUCAGAGCUUGCCCAUAGCCUGGACAGCGACCAGAACCAGAACGCAGAUGGACACAGAGACGCCCCGACCACUCUGUCCCCGGAGACCCAGGAGGCAUCCAGUCAACAGCCUUCAUCCCAGGAGGAGAGCUUGGAGCCUCCCAUCAAGAGAGCAUCCCUGAGCCCAGGAGAGAUACUGGAGGAGAAGGAGAUGGAAGUGGCCCAGCUGCAGGAUGAGAUCGCGCUUCAGCGGGCAGAGCUCCAGUCCCUGCGGGAGGAGCUGCAAAGGCAGAAGGAGCUGCGGGAACAGGAGGACCCCGAGGAGGCCCUGAGCUGCGCCCUCUCAGACAGGGAAGAGGCUGUGAACAAGACCCUGGAACUGUCCCUGGAGCUCAGCCGAGUCUCUCUGGAGCGGGACUCCCUCUCCCGGGAGCUGCUUCGCACCAUCCGCCAGAAGGUGGCGCUGACGCAAGAGCUGGAGGCCUGGCAGGACGACAUGCAAGUGGUGAUUGGGCAGCAGCUGCGCUCCCAACGCCAGAAGGAGCUGAGCGCGGCUAGAUCGGCCCCAAGCCGUCCAGCACCCCGCUUCUCCCUGCGCGGGGGCCCUGGACGUGCCGGCGGCUUCUUCAGCAACCUCUUCCGAAGGACCUAA